AUGGCUAACAGUGUCAAAACCUUCCUCCAGGACCUGGCCAGGGGCAUCAAAGACUCCAUCUGGGGUAUCUGUACCAUCUCAAAGCUGGAUGCUCGGAUACAGCAGAAGAGGGAAGAGCUUCGAUGGAGACAGGCCAGCAGCGUCCUUGCGCAGAGGAGAACACAGAGUGUAGAGCGGAAGCAGGAGAGUGAACCACGUAUUAUCAGUAGGAUUAUCCUGUGCUGUGCCUGGAAUGGAGGCGUAUUCUGGUUUAGUCUCAUGCUGUUUUACCGAGUGUUUAUUCCUGUGCUUCAGUCAGUGACAGCGCAAAUUAUUGGUGAUCCGUUACUACAUGGAGAUGUUUGGUCAUGGCUGGAAUUCCUCCUCACAUCAAUUUUCAGUGCUCUCUGGGUCCUUACCCUGUUUGUGCUGAACAAAGUUGUCAAUGCCAUUUGGUUCCAAGAUAUAGCUGAUCUGGCAUUUGAAGUAUCAGGAAGGAAGCCGCACCCAUUCCCUAGUGUCAAUAAAAUAAUUGCUGAUAUGCUCUUCAACCUUUUGUUGCAAGCUCUUUUCCUUUUCCAGGGGAUGUUUGUGAGUCUCUUCCCCAUCCAUCUCGUUGGUCAGCUGGUUAGCCUCCUGCAUAUGUCCCUUCUCUAUUCACUUUACUGCUUUGAAUAUCGCUGGUUUAAUAAAGUGGCUGCCUCUUCUCCAUCCUCUUUCCUUUAUUCAUUAUCAGCGCUAAUGAGGCAAAGAUUCCCGGCAAAGCAUACCUUUUUCAGUUGCGCCUCUUCUCCUUGGUGGUCUUCUUAA